UACACUGGCUUGGCUUGACUCGAGUAAUACAGUUGCCUGCACGGGGCAGGGCGGCGCGGGGGCGGGGCCCAUGAGAUGAGAUGAGAUGAAGCCCGCCGCUGCCGCCGCCGUCGACCGCCGCUGGCUGCUCCCGCUCGCCGUCGGCUCCGCCCUCUCCCUCCUCCUCCUCGUUCUCCUCACCACCAUCCCUCUUCCCCUCCCCUUCUCCUCCUCCGCCGCCUCGCGCUCCCCCAACCCCACCCUCUUCGUCGAGCACAAGCUCUCCCCCUCCCCUCCCCCCUCCUCCUCCACAUCGCAGUCGCAGCCCCCACGCUUCGCCUACCUCAUCUCCGGCUCCGCGGGCGACGCCUCCGCUCUCCGCCGCGUCCUCCUCGCGCUCUACCACCCCAGGAACCUCUACAUCCUCCACCUCGAUGCCGAGGCGCCCGACUCCGACCGGGCCAACCUCUCCGCGGACCUCGCCGGCCACCCGGUCAUCGCCGCCGCCGCCAACGUCCGCGUCGUCGACCGGGCCAAUCUCGUCACCUACCGCGGGCCCACCAUGGUCGCCAACACCCUGCACGCCGCCGCCGCCUUCCUCUACAAGGAAGGGCAAGGGCAAGGGGACCCGGCCUGGGACUGGUUCAUCAACCUCUCCGCCUCCGAUUACCCGCUCGUCACGCAGGAUGAUCUGAUCCAUGUCUUCUCCAACCUGCCUCGCGCUCUCAACUUCAUCGACCACACCAGCAACAUUGGGUGGAAGGAGUAUCAGAGGGCAAAGCCAGUGAUUAUUGACCCUGGCCUCUACAUGAAGAAGAAAUCCGAUGUCUUCUGGAUACCGCAGCGGCGGAGCGUCCCAACUGCCUUCAAGCUCUUCACAGGGUCUGCUUGGAUGGCGCUAUCUAAGUCAUUUGUCGAAUACUGCAUAUGGGGCUGGGACAACCUUCCUCGCACUGUGCUCAUGUACUAUGCCAAUUUCAUCUCUUCACCAGAAGGCUACUUCCACACUGUGGUCUGCAAUGCUGAGGAGUUCAAAAACACCACGGUGAACCAUGACCUGCAUUACAUAUCAUGGGACAACCCUCCAAAGCAGCAUCCACACUACCUCACAAUUGAAGACUUGGACAGGAUGGUUGCUAGUGAUGCACCAUUUGCUCGGAAGUUUCAUGCAGAUGACCCGGUUUUAGACAAGAUAGAUGCGGAGAUCCUGUCCCGUGGGCCGGACAUGCUGACUCCCGGAGGAUGGUGUGGAGGAACACGAGAAAAUGGAAGUGACCCUUGCUCUGCCAUUGGGAAUACCAGUCUCCUUCAGCCUGGUCGUGGAGCUGUACGACUGCAGCGGCUUAUGACGUCGCUCCUGUCAGAGGAGAAGUUUCACCCAAGGCAGUGCAAGUGAUGUGUUUCUGACUCAAGGCUCUAUGCAUUAGACUGCUACUGGUGAUACAUGGUUGUUCUGACUCAAUAGUUCACCAUUUUGUC